UUGAGUUUGGACAAACAUAGCGAGGGGAUUUAUCACAAGAAGAAGACAAAGCAAACAGCUGUUAGCUAAAUUGUUAAUAUAGUUCAUGACAGAAGUGUUUUUUUUAUUGAAAAAAAACAGCUAACGACGUUUUUUUGACCAAACGCCGAUGGUUUGAGGAUUCAGGACCACACAGCUCUCUGCAACGAGUGGCUAACCACAGAAAGGAAGCCAUGAACUUCCAGAGCAGUCGGAGGAGAGGAGAAGAUGGCGUUGCCAUGGUGAUUAACUUCCUGCUGUCCAACGCUCGGCUGGUUCUGGGAGUCGGGGGAGCUGCUCUGCUGGGCAUUGCAACGUUGGCAGUUAAAAGACUGAUCGAACGCGCAGGCCGUGCGGCAGAAGAUGAAAAGGUGGAGCAGAAGAUGGUUGAGAGCUGGGAGGAGCUUAGUUUAGUCUCUGCUUCUCCAACGCUCAUCAGGAAAGGAAUACAGGGUGUUGUAAUGAAGCACGUCUCCAAAGAAACUAAACAACAGAAAGAUGAUCUCUGCCAAAACCUUGAAGUAUCCUCUCCUGACGUUCUGCCUAAACCUGAGGCAAAGUCCAAAAGGCUACAGCUUUGUGUGCUCACGCUGCAGGAGCGUCUGCAGCAGUAUUAUUCCAGCAGGGUAGUACUGGCUCCAAAUGAGGUGAAGAGGGCUCAGUCUCUGGCUCUGGAUAUCUGCACUGAGAUUCAGGGCUUUCUUCACAGCCGUCACCCAGACAUGCCUCUGGGAGAAAUGAACCUUGGAGGUUCUCUCCUGGAUGAUUUGCAGGUGGUCAGUGCAGACCAUGCAUGUCUGCUGGUGCCUCUACAGCUGGAACCUACAUUGUGGCGUCUUAUUCCUGGGGAGGAAACUUUGCUCACACACCCUCUGCACUGGAUGGUCCGGCGGGUCAACCUGGAAUAUUUUCCGAGAGGACGCAGUUACUGGGACAGGUACUUGGUGGGAGGUUACCUGUCAGCAGAGGCUGUUGUGAACAUGUUCAGUAAGGCUGUCAUGGAAACCGUAAACUGGCCGUCAAUCAGCGGCCAUUUGGACUGUCUUGUCAGACCGAUACUGGGAGGUCCAGACCUGAGGCUGGAGAUCCGGCCUGAAAGCGGAACAGAGAGCAUCGAUCAGCCACUCUUCAUCUCCAUGUUGCCCGUCCUCAGGGAGAGUGAUGUAGUCCUGACGGCGCAGCCCGAGCUCACCUCUCCAUGGGUAAACGCCUGGCACCUCUCUCUCUACCCUUGGGAGACCCAACGCCUGACUCAGCUUGAUGCAACUGACGACGGCUGCCGCAGACUAACACUUAAAGUCCUGAAGGCUGUCUGCAAACUGAGCCCACCUCUACGACACCUCAAGACCGCCCCGCUGGCCAAUCUGAUCCUUCACCUCAGCGACAGCGAGAACGACUGGUCCAAGAACAGCCUGGAUGUCAGAUUCCAGCAGUGUAUCAAUGAGCUGAUUGGUCAUCUUGAGCAGCAGGCGUUACACAGUUACUUCAAACCGGCCGUCAAUUUGCUGAGCGAUCUGUCCGAGGAUCAGGUAGACCAGAUGGGCUUUAUGCUCUACUGCGCGGUCUCAGAUCCUGAAAUACUGCUUAUUUGACUCCCUGGAUUUCCACAGACAUUCAGAAACUACUCUGAUUCAAAGAGGUGCAGUCUCUGUGACAUGGCAGGUAAUGUGCUUACAAGGCGGCUGCAGACCUGAUGGUUAAACUUGGGAAAGUCCCAAAAAUAAAGGAAUGUGCCAAUGGAAAAAAGAGGAGGACAAAAUAUUUAUGUUUUGGGAUGCACCUUUGCUGCUGGUUUUUGCAUUUGUUUUUGCACAUUUAUGAAUGAAAUUAAAGGCUUUCGUUUUCUGUUUGUGCUUUGAUAGCAGUAUUGCUUCAUGAUUUUUAAAAAAUCCUUUGAAUACUCUACUUAUGCAGAGCAACAGAGAACCUGUUGAAUGCAUCCCACCUCUGGAACGAGAGUUUAAAAAAUGUCUUCGAUUCUCAUUAGGAUUUGUUUAAAUUCAUAUAUUAUGCUCCAUCAUUUUCUUGAUUUACUUCAUUUUUGACUUAGCUGCCUAUGUUUAAAGGUUUAUUAAACACAAGCAUCGUCAUUUUAUUUAUGUUUUAAAUUGUGUGAACACUGAGCAUAUUUAAUCAGUGUUUUUGGUUGGGUGUUCGAUUUGUGUGUUUGGAUGAAAGAAGCAAAUAAAAUAAUGAUGUCUUAUUUACUCUAUUAUGUUUUAAUCUAUCUACAGCUUUAUGCUAAAAUAAUAAUAAGAAACAUUUAUUUUUUUAUUUUUUUUCCACAACUGUAAUAAUGGUACUUGUUGUGCCCACCAUCUUACUGUGUUUUUUAAAUGUUUUGGAACAUUAUGGGAUUGACCUUGAGUUUUUCAGGUCUAGAUAAGUAUGAGAGAGCGAUGAUUUGUGUCUCCAGGCUUUAUUCCAUAUUCAGAUGAAUUCAGUGUUUUAAUAAUGUGUUAUUCUACAACAAAAUCCACCUGAAGGCACUUUAAGAGACAUGUCCAAGUCAUAUUCAUGUAUAUAGUAUCCAUUUUGAUCAAAUUCCAGUCAGUCCAAUUAAUUCCAAUACAAUGUAAUUAUAAACAGUUAAAAAAAAUUUUAAAGAUAGAAUAAUACAUAAAUAAAAGUAUUGACGUGUACA